AUGAAUGGUAUAUCGAGCAUUACUUUUGUUGCUCAAUCAUUCCAACAUGGCUGACAAACAAGAACUCAUCGACCAAUUCGUUGGUGUAACUGGUAUCGAUGCUGACAGAGCAAGAUUCCACCUUGAAUCAGCUGCUUGGAAUCUCGAGCUUGCAAUGGCAAGUUUCUAUGAAGAUGGAGAUGCUGAGCCUCAGGUUGUGGAGGUUGAUGAUGAUGAAGACAUACAAGAGAUAUCAGCUCCUCCAAGUGGUGAUGGUGGUAGUGGCAGUGGCAGAUCACAGAGUGCAGGACAGUCUGGAGGUGGAUCAAGGUUUGCUACACUUUCAAGUAUGAAGGGGAAAGAGGAAGAUUCUGACUCUGAUGAAGGGCAGGCCUUCUAUGCUGGAGGUUCAGAACGCAGUGGACAGCAAGUCCUGGGCCCACCAAAGAAAAAACCUGAACCUGACGAAGUGGUGGAUACACUUUUCAAGUCUGCAAAAGAACACGGUGCUGAAGUUGUUGAUACAAGUGAAAACAAGCGGAAAAAGGCAGGUCCAUCAUUCAGGGGUACAGGAUACAGACUUGGGGACACAGAAGGGAGCUCGGACAUGGUACCAGGUGCAAAACUGAAGGAAUCAAGACAGGUUGAUAUGGUACUGAAGCUGUGGAAAAAUGGAUUUAGUAUGGAUGAUGGUCCAUGGAGAGAUUACAACGACCCUGCAAAUAAAGAGUUCUUAGAUUCAAUAGGAAAAGGCGAGGUUCCAAGAGAACUCGUACGACUGGCAAAGGGUGGAGAAGUCAAUCUCAACAUGGAAGAUCACCGUAAUGAAGAGUACGUCAAGCCUAAAAUACCUGUCAAGGCUUUCACUGGAGCAGGGCGUAUGCUGGGCAGCCCGGCCCCCAACCUGGUUUCGAGUCCACCUGAAGCUGCAGGAGCGAAGGCAGUCAAUGACAACACAGCGCAGCAGGCAGCCGUUGCUGUAGACGCAUCUAAACCCACAACCAGCAUACAGAUCCGACUGGCAGAUGGAUCAAGACUGGUUGCCAAGUUUAAUCACAGUCACAGGAUCAGUGAUAUUAGGAAUUACAUUAUAUCGUCCCAUCCACAGUAUGCUGGGUUGAACUUUGUGCUGAUGACAACCUUCCCUAACAAAGAACUGACAGAAGAAUCCCUGACACUAGAGGAAGCUAAACUUUUGAAUGCCGUGAUUGUCCAGCGACAAAAGUGACCAGCCUGAACAUGGUCACUCACAAGGACAGAGAGCAAAUCACUGGGGGGCCUAGCAUCAGCUUGUGAUUUCCAUUUGCGUUGAACGACUUUGUGCUGAAAUAUGACAGUGGUUACUUUUCUGAAUAUAUUAGGAUGAGAUGAUAGGAGUACCAAGACAAGUAAACUCCAAGCAGUUUCAGUUCUUAAGUGUUUAAUGCAACACUGUCUCCAGGCAUAUAUUCCCCCUUUUGUCAUUGUGAAUGAAUAACUAUGUUGAUUAAUGUCUUGAAUGAAGCCUACCACAAGGGUAGUUACUCUGGAUCACUGGAUCAAUCACUGGAUUGUCUGGUCCAUACUUGAUUAUUUACAGGCCGCUAUUAUAGAGCUGGAAUAUUGCUGAGUGCAGCAUUAAACAAUAAACCAACAACACAGUUGUAAGGAGUGGGGCAAUCAUUUCCGAUGGUGGUUGUUUUGUGGGGGCUGUUGUGUUGCCUGUUGUAAGGAGUGGUUUUUAAGUCCUACUUUUGGUGACUGGUGUGUGGUGCUGCAUUCAAGGACCCAGCAAUGCCAAAAUCACGUGCUACACACAAGGAAAGAGAUGCUAUUCCCUCACACACUCACAGCAGUACAGUGGGAUAUACCUAUUCUUUGCAGAAGGGGAUUUUUGUACUUGUAUAAAUACUUGUGCGAUGAAAUUUGACCCUGGCUUAAAUCUACACUAUAGAUACUCACCUGGUCUUGGUGAGUUGAUGUGGAUUCAGCGAAGAGAGACACUUCUAUGUUGCACACAAGAAACACUGUACCACUUGUUGUAAAGUGCAGUUGGUAAAAUGAAUAAAUUUGUGGUUUAACAA